AUGCAGGCUAUCAUCCAGCCGAACGCUGCAUCAGAUGCUCUCACCCUCACCACUCUGCCUCUUCCGGUCAUCGAUCCAUCCUUAGGCGAACACCUGAUCCGUGUCAAGGCCUGCGCCCCAUGUGCUGGAGAGCUGCUUUGGCCAAAGAACUUCCCUCCACCAAACCCGCGUGAGUUAGUCCCCUGCCCCGACGUCGCAGGGGUAGUAGUCUCCGGACCGGAGGACUCUCCAUUCCAACCCGGCGACGAGGUCUACGCGCGUACAAACUACGUCCGACCAGGGAAUGCGCGAGAAUUCAGCGUUGGCGUCACCGACGAACUGGCGCAUAAGCCCAAGGGUCUGAGUUGGGUUGCAGCAGCGGCCAUACCGGUUUCAGCCGAGACGGCGUGGCAGAUUCUGUUUAUUCAUGCGGGCAUCGCUGUUGAUGCGGAGACAGACUUCGCUGCGGCCCAGACCGCAUGGAACGGGAAGAGGGUGCUUGUCACUGCUUCGUCAGGCGGCGUCGGGAUGUGGGUCGUGCAGCUAGCUACACUGCUGGGUGCAGAGGUCAUAGGGACAUGCGGUACUGCAAAUAUUCCGCUCGUGCAAUCUCUCGGUGCGAAGGAGGUGCUCGAUUAUCGGCACACCAACCUCCGUGAGUGGGCAGAGCAGCCCGGGAAGAAAGUGGAUGUCGUGAUUGACUGCAUUGGGAGGCAGUCUCUUGAGGAUGCUUGGUGGACUGUUCGCAAUGGAGGUGUGGUUCUUAGUAUCUUCCAGCCACCGAAGCAAGUUUGCCCCACGGACUAUAAAGGAACUGGAGUCAAGGACGUGUUCUUUGUCAUGGAGCCCGUUCGAAGACACUUGGAGGAGAUUACGAAGCUGGUGGAGCUUGGCAAAUGUCACGGAAUGGUCGAUAGUGUAUGGCCACUAGACCAGUAUCGAGAGGCGUUCAAGAGGUUGGAUAGCGGGCAUGCGCGGGGGAAGAUUGUCUUUGAUCUGUCGCUGAAUCAUUAG